UUUUUUUUUACUUACUGCUUCUAUGAAGAGGCGUGGUGUUGAGUUCAAAACCGUCAGGAAAGUGGAGCUCCGGAGGUGGAUGAGGACUUUUGUUGUCAAGCAGGACUCCGACGGGAAGGUUGGAAACACGGCGAGGAGCACAGAAUCCGCUGGAGGAUAUAUUCACACAAAGUUGGAAUUAAAACAAAGAAGUGGAGUUUCGAUUCCCCGCGAGAUGCGACGUGGACGUGCUCUUAAAACGCAGGUUUGAAUUAGUCUCAACAAUGAAGAAUAUCACUAAGCGCUUGGGGAUUUUAUUAACUUGAGAUGCGUUUUUGCGUGUAGUCGCCACUUUUUUACGAACGAUUAACUUUUUUAAAAACACUUUUUUUUUAAACUCUUCUCAUGCUGUGAGUCACACUCACUAUCAGAUGUGCAUCUUCGCCUGGAGUUAAUUUAUUUAUUUUUUUUAUUUAAUUUUUUGCCUUCAAAUGCUGUAAUUGGUGCAUAAUGUGUCAGGUUUCCGCGCUCACCUUGGCGCUAAUGUUCCUCCUGACGUGGACAGGCGAGGCCGACACGCACACCCGUCGCAUUCGGGCGCAGCUGCACCGGCGACCGAGGCCCGCCAGGGGGCGCCCACUCGAGCGGGCGCGUCCCGGGUUCGCGUCCGCCAUCUCCGUGCACAGCUCAAUAGAGGGCCGUGACGUGCAGGCGGACGAGGGCACACGUAGGGCGGGGAGGAGAGGAGCCGGGGCUGGGAUGCCGCAAGACCAGGGUGCCCACCUGGCCAGGUCCCGGGUGGCGAGGAUGCCCGCCGGCGCCCGUUCGCCCAACCUGCUGGCCAGUUUCGCCGGGAAGAACCGAGUCCUGGUGAUCACGGCGCCGCACGACUCGGAAGGCUACUACCGGUUGAUGAUGUCGCUUCUGAAACCCGACGUGUACUGCGAAUUGGCGGAGAGGCACGUCCAGCAGAUCGUGAUGUUCCACCAGGAGGGUGAGAUGGGCGGGAAAGUGCGAAGGAUCACCAACGAGGGCAAAGUGAUGGAAGAGCCGCUGGACACCGCCCUCAUCCCCAGACUCAUGAGCUUCCUCAAGCUGGAGAAAGGUAAAUUUGGCAUGGUACUGCUGAAGAAAACCCUGCAAGUGCAGGAACGGUACCCCUACCCCGUUAGGCUGGAGGCCAUGUACGAGGUGAUAGACCAGGUGCCCAUGAGGAGGCUGGAGAAGCUUCGCCAGAAAGGUUUUGUCCAGAAGUGUAAAGGAGCGGGCGUGGAAGGUCAAGUGGAAGAGGGCACACUACCUGUGGAUACACCGGUUGAAAGAAAACCAGUAAAAAAAUUCCUCAGAAAGCCCACAACAACAACCGCAUCUGUGGCAACAGUAACUCCACCAACGACUCGACCAACAACAACAACCACAACUCGACCAACAACUACCACCACAACAACCAAGGCCACAACAACCACAAGAAGAACCACCACCAAACGAACCGCCACCACCACAACCACCCUGACACCGACCAGACCCCACACCCCGGUUAUGGUGGAACCCGCACCACCGAGAACCACUGCCGAUUCCUAUUACUACAACCCAAGAGAGAGGGAGCGCUUCCCAGCUAAAACCACACCGUCCGGAGAUAACCACACAGACAAGGACCACAAGGAUCCGCACAGUCACAAGCUGGUCCCGGUCACGCGAAAACCCUCCAAGAGAAAGAACGGAAGAGAGAAGGUGCUAACAAACGAGUACGAGGACAAGCCUACGGUCACCUAUCCCGAGGAGAACGAAGGCUUCCCGGACAUCAGCCCUACCAAGAAGGUGAAGGCCAAGCACGAGAAGAAGAAGAACAAGAACGAGAAGGCGGCCAAGAAGGCUGAGAGGCGAGGGGGGAAGGUGGGCAAAGAGGGCAAAGGCGGCAAGAAAAAUGGAAAGAAGCUGUCAAAGUACCCGGAGAAGGACGACUACCCCAAACCCACAAAAAAGCCAACACCUCCUCCGAAGGGGUCUCUUGCCUCCUUCCUGGAUUACUUUGAGAACCGGAGAAGACUGCUGUUGAUUACAUCACCCGGCGAGGAGAACAAGAUGUAUGUCCAGCAGAGGGACGAGUACUUGGAGUCAGUGUGCGAGAUGGCCAUCAGGAAAGUCUCCAUCAUCACCAUCUUUGGCUCGCUCGUCAACUCCACCAUGAAAAUUGACCACUACCAGUUGGAGAAUGACAAGCCAAUGAAGGGGCUGCGUCAGGAGGAUCUCGUGAACCAGGACCUGAUUACCGAGUUGAGAAAAGAAUUCAGUAUGAUCCACGAUGAUUUCAACAUGGUACUGACUGACACGGACAUGAGGGUGAAGCAAUCCUACGAGGUUCCCAUCGCCAUGAAGGCCGUGUUCAACUACAUUGACACGUUCUCUUCGCGCAUCAGAGAGAUGGAGCAGCAGAAGCGAGACAGCGUUGUUUGCAAGAAAGAAGACAAGCCGAGAUCGUUGGAGAACUUCCUCUCGAGGUUCCGAUGGAGGCGUCGUCUCUUCAUCAUCUCCACCCCAAAUGACGAAGAGUGGGCCUAUCAGCAGCAGCUCUAUGGCCUGAGCAGCCAGGCCUGCAACCUGGGUUUAAGGCACAUUUCCGUUCUGAAGUUGGUUGGGACAGACAUCCUGGACAUGGGAGGAGUCUUGGAACUAUAUCCUUUUAAUGGAAGCGCCACGGUGGAACGAGAAGGCAUGACAGCCACCCUCGUCAAGGACAUGAGGAACUACUUCCAAAUCAGCCCGGAAUACUUCUCCAUGCUGCUGGUCGGGAAGGACGGCAACGUCAAGUCCUGGUACCCCUCGCCCAUGUGGUCCAUGGCGAUCAUCUACGACCUAGUGGACUCGAUGCAGCUGCGCCGACAGGAAAUGGCCAUCCAGCAGUCGCUGGGAAUGCGCUGCCCUGAGGACGAGUACGGCGGCUACGGUUACCACCAGCACGGCUAUCAAGACGGCUAUCACCAGGGCUACGGUUACUAGCUGGUUCUUUAAACAUGUGGAUGCUCACCGCGUACAUGAGAGCACUCUCUCUCCUUCCGUAGGCAGCCCUUUAAUUUCCCCAAGAUGAGGUCAUUGGGUGUUUUUGCAGUACAAAGUGGAGGCAGUCAAAUGAUAGCUUUCACCUCACCACUUCUCCCAAGUAUAAUUCUGUAUGGCGCCACUUAAUGGUCAUUUGCAAAAGGCUCCAUCUAAUCAAGAGAGGGUUCGCCAAUAAAAGUAGAGGAGCUUAGAGGGAAAUUUUUGUAUUUUGAAUUUAGUUUUAUCAUUGGAGUCAUAUGUAUUUAUUGGACUUCUGUUGCAGUUAUUCAGCUGCUCUUGUGUUGCAUUAUUAUUUAUACUCUAUUGUGGCUAUGGAAUAUAUCACUUUCCUACUAGCAAUGCUAUCAAGUUCAGUGUCAAUCUGCUUUUGUUUAUUUUUGUUUUGUUAGCUUUUUAUCCUCCUGAGAACAAGCAUCUACUUCAGUGGACAUUUAUUUCUUAAAGGCCUACUGAAACCCACUACUACCCACCACGCAGUCUGAUAGUUUAUAUAUCAAUGGUGAAAUCUUAACAUUGCAACAAAUGCCAAUACGGCCUUUUUAGUUUCCUAAAUUGCAAUUUUAAAUUUCCCGGGAGUUUUUUCUUGAAAACGUUGCGUAAUGAUGACGUGUAUGCUUGACGUCAUGGGCUGUUAGGAAAUAUGAGCGCUGCGCACACACAAAGCUAAAAGGUUGUCUGCUUUAACCGCAUAGAUACACAGUAUUUUUGGACAUCCGCGUUGCUGAAUCCUUUGCAAUUUGUUCAAUUAAUAUUGGAGAAGUCAAAGUAGAAAGAUGGAGUUUGGAAGCUUUAGCCUUUAGCCACACAAACACACGGUGAUUCAUUGUUUAAAAUUCACAGAGGUGAAACUUUACAAUGGAUCACAGCGAACAUGGAUCCCAACCGAAUGUCAACCAGCAGGUUUCGGUGAGAAAAUUGUGGUAAAAAGUCGCUUCUUACCGGAUAUCAGAUGAGCUUGUGCUGCUCAUACAGCUGCCGUCGACUUCCCUGAGACACUAGCUGCGUCAAGACACCCGUGGACACACACCCCCGACUAUCAGGUACUGUUAAACUCACUAAAACACUAGCAACACAAUAGAAAGAUAAGGGAUUUCCCAGAAUUAUCCUUUUAAAUGUGUCUAAAAACAACCGGAAUCCAUCCCAAUGCAAUUGCGUUUUUUUUUAACUCUUUUUUUUUUUUUUUCCUAGUCCGUCGCUAUCAAUAUCCUCAAACACGAAUUUCAUCCUCGCUCAAAUUAAUGUGGAAAUUGUCGUUUUCUCGGUCCGAGUAGCUGUUUUUGUUGGAGGCUCCCAUUAAAAUCAAUCUGAAUAUGUGAGGAGCCAUCAACAUGUGACGUCAUCGUCUGCGACUUACAGUAGAGGCAGGGCUUUUCUCUUCGCACCGAAAGUUGCAAACUUUAUCAUGGAUGUUCUCUACUAAAUCCUUUCAGCAAAAAUAUGGCAAUAUCGCGAAAUGAUCAAGUAUGACACAUAGAAUGGACCUGCUAUCCCCGUUUAAAUAAGAAAAUCUCAUUUCAGUAGGCCUGUAAGUCAUUUAAGAAAUUUCCGCGUUAUGCUAAACACAAAAAUCCACUGCAGAGGAUGCUGGUUCUCAGAAGCUUACACUAUUGAAUUAUGAGUAUGAUAUGAAAUCCUGGCCUUGGGAGAGAUAUUUGUAUAAAAUGUGUAACACCAUAAGACGAUGUGUUAAAUAAUGACAUUUCUUGUAAUAAAAUGUGAAAUAUU